GUAUCACCUAUACUUCUGUGCUGUAGGCAAUGAAAACUAAUAAAAUGCCGUAAAGCCUGCAUAAAAGUCUCCGUUUUACAACACGCCUCAAUAGAAUUCUUCUGUAUAACGAUUGGGGAGUAUGCAAGCUUUAUCUUUUGUUAAUUUUAAACUCAUUGUCCAGGUGUAAUAAGUUUUUGCACUAUAAAUUUUGUUUCGUCAAGACUGUUUUCUGAGCUACUUAUGUUAGAAUUGUGGUUAUCUUUGAACUUCUUAGUGGACAAAGAGGUUCUAGCAAGUGUUAGGUGAUGCAGAGAAAAAUUUAUGGGCUGAUAUAUGGUGGUGGUCACCACAGUAUGAACUAAGUAUACAUGACAUGAUUGCAAAACUGUUAUUUAAAGAUCGCCAUGCACAGAAAAAAGGUCAAAAUCGUGACAAAACGAAUACAAGGAAAAUACUAAAUAUUUCUAAUAAUUUUUAUGGUAUUGUGUCUGCCGACAGUAACUCUAGAACAUCACUUUACAAAAAAAAAAAGAAGAAGAAGAAGAAAAAAAUCAACACAGGAUAUUAAAAAACAACAACAACAACAACAUAACACUAUAUCCGAUUCCAGUUCUCCAGUUCCAUUCGUCGGUCAGAAGUUUGAGUCAUUCGUCCCUUGGUAGGGGUCGUUGGAGGGAGCACAUGGAUAGACGCAAAUUGAUAAGGCUGUAAACAGAUACCACAUGCAGAGAAAGAACAGUAUGCCCGAGACAAGAACUGAACCUGCCCCCAAUAAUCCGAGUAAGAACACGAGAGAGAUGAGCGAUCGAUGUUCUGGUCGAUUUGCAAACAACAAAAUGUCUCUAAAGAUCUAAAUGCAAACAUCUUACUUAAAGGCUUCCUGCCUUUUAUGUCACUGGAUAGUGACUGUACAAUCAAACAUAAGCAGCGUAACUACAGGUGUCAAAGCAGCUAAACACUCUUUGAUAAGUAACCUGUUUACAAUCCUGUCACAGAUCAUUAACAAUGUUGUCAAAGCACCUGUGCUCUAAUUUUUUAGAUAAACAUAUAGUACCCCACCCCACACGCACAUGCACUUACGCACACACCCACAAAAACAUACAUUGGCCCACUUCUAAAAUGCCCAGUUGUAAUUAAAAAACAGUGUACAUGUCUGUAUCCCUGACAGCGCCUCAAUCAGGGGGAACCUCCCUACGUCACUGGGCGACACAGGCGGCGAACAUGGAGACUUGCCUUACUUAGGAAACUGGUUUGGCAAGGUAACCGACAGAGAGGGGAGAGAGGAGGGACUUCAGGUUGUUGACAGAAAGCGAGCGGACAGUCUCUGAAAAUAGCUCGUGAUCCUAGCCGAGCUUGGCACUCACAACGAGGCACAUAGUUUACGCCAUUUCGCCCCAUGGGCUCAGCCACUGCACUGGCUACGGUCGCAGCUACACCACAGACAUGGCGGCGGUGACGACCGAGGCCGUUACAGCUGUUGCUGGCGGAGGUAGCAGCGCUGCCAUCGUCAACCUUAGUAGUAGUGGUGGUGGUGUUGUUGAUGGUGGUAGUGGUGACGUGGGCGUGCCGCCCCCGACGUCGCCUGUGCCAGACUGGAGCGGCGAGCCGGUGGCGCUGAGAGACUUCGCCGCCAAGCGGCAGGUACCAGGCUUCGCCCGCAUCGUCAGAGGCUCGUACAUGACACUGGGAGCCUCCAAGUUCACCUUACAGAAGCAGCACCACGAUGUCUAUAUUCACUCGGUACGGGUGGGGGUCAAGGUGCUGGCCCACUGCCUGCGGCGCUCGGAGGUUCCGUCUAGCGGUCGGCGUGGUGGGGUUGGGGUCGGGGGUCAGCAUGUCGUGAGCCGCCUUCACUCGCUGGACCAGCGCCUGGCCAUCCCCAUCUCCUACCAGGGUUGGUUCGAGGUUCUCUCGGAGGACGGCAAGUCGGCACGUCCCAUUUCCAGCGUCCAUGACCUCGCCAAGGCCUUCCCGGAGCGUUGCCUGGUGCGCGAGAACAUCAAAGGCUUCGUGGUAGGCGCCGACGAGCGCUUGACUUUGGAGAAGACCCGUGUGGUGCCAGCCGGCGAACAGCUGAUCCUGGUGAAGGAGAUCGCCCUGCCUGCACCCAGCCACACCACCAAGGUGAAGCUCCUACGAUGCAUCGACUCCAAAGGGGACAAUGUCUUCCUCAGCUUUGACCAAAAGGGCCUGUUCACGCCCAUCGCGGGCGAGAGGGACUUCGCGGGAGUUUUCAGCAUCCGGGACAUCGUCCGGCGCUUUCGGCUACCCUUGACGGUCAAACUGGCCCACGGGGUGACCCCGCGGGUGGACCCGAACAAAUUCACUGGCCUCAUCCGCCUGGAUUGGGCGUACAUGGAUGAGACGGCUUUCGUGUGUCCAGUGGAGAAGAACCACGUGCGCCUUCUGCCCGUCCCGUGUGACGUCAACCUGCAGCUCGUUGCCGCUAGCAACCAGGAGGAGAUGCUGAGCUCGGAGACGCAUCGUGUCAUGAAGGCCAAAUGCGCGCGCAUGGUGGCCAAUUACAACAACACACUUCACUUAAUCGUGACGUUACCUGAGUCGUUGACGAAGACCCAGGGACAAGGACCUCGCGCCUCCAACAUCUUUUCCACCCCACAGCACUAUGACAACGGGGUGAACGGGGGCAAGCCGCGGCGCUCCAAGAGUCGCGAGGACCUGUUGAUGGACGAGAUCGACGACCUGUACAACUACGUACGCGAGGGCGGCCCCGCGCCCCCCUCCAAGUUCCAGUACGACUCGGACGAGGAGAGCUACUGGGAGGAGCCGGCCUACGAGGCGCUGGACGACUUUCGGGCGCGCCUACAGGCCCUGGAGUCGGGCCAAAAGGUCAGCUAUCCUCCCCAAUACAAGCCCGUGGCUGACAUCCAAAAAUUGCGGGGACUGGUUGGGGGUGGUGAUCAUGGCAGCAGCAGCAGCGGUAACGGUGGUGCUGGUGGUGGUAGUGGCGAAGGAGGAUCGUCGGGAAUCGCGCAGGGGAAGACGACUCCCGGGUCUCCCGAUGAGUCUCCUUCUUCGGCCGUCGUUGUCAUGACGACAGAGCCGCCGCCUCUGCCGCCCCGGAAUCACGGGGCGUUUGCUGAGCCCUCUGUGAUUCCGGGAGGGACCCGACGGCAGUCUGCAGGGGUGCUGCCAGUCCAGAUGUCGCUGGUGCAAGUGGGUCCCCUGCGGGCCACUCACAACCCGCAGCGAACGUCACCUCCAAGGCGGACGUCACGCUCGGACUCGGAGCCGUCCGUUACCGUCCUGAAGCACGCCUCCUGCGUCAACGUGACGUCACCACACAAGCUGCUGCACACCACGAGUGACACGAGGCUGGACUGGAAAGAGCGGCUGCGCCAGUUCAACGCCAUGGACGGCAGAGACAAGGAAGGCAGCAGCUCGGCAUCCUCGGAAGGAACUGGGGAUCAGGGUCACAGGGUCACGCGGCGUCUGGCCAAGGAUUUUCGAGACUCCGACAUUUCGUCCAGGACCAAAACGUCGAGCUCUGGCUCAGGUUCUGGACCCACCAGCGCCAGAAAACGGAUGCAGACCUUGUACUUGUGAAUGAACCAUCCCGUGUGCACAGUGUUUAUAAAUACAAGGCGGGACGCUUGUUGAUGCGCCUGCAGGAGGACCAACAGUUAAGCAUGUUCAAUGGCAAAAGGACACGUCCUCAACUAACAAAGAAGUGAUUAAACAUUUUAUCCUGAGUAUUUUCGUGAAAUAUUUUUGAUAAUUUAAAAAAAAGACUCCUCUGACUGGUUCAGUGGGCUUUUCGAAGAUGGUCUUGACUAUGGGCGUCUGAGUUGUCAAGCAUUUGCUUGACUGUGAUAUUUAAAUUCUUACUGUUCUGCAACAAUAAUAGGGUUAACAGUUAUUACGCCCCUGUAUUGUUAUUCAGUCAUUUCAUUUACCAAAUAAAAAAAUGACAUCCAAA